ACCAAAAUUCACAUUUAUAAUCGUUUCUCAAAGCAACACGUCACGUUUUUUGCAGCAACAAAGUUAUGAAACAUAGUACAUACUUAAUCAGUAGUAGUUCACAUAAUAGCCGUUGUGUAGUUUUUUCCCCCACAUAACUGUUGUACAGUUUAGCACACUUCUGCGUUUGUGUAAAUUGUAACAAAGUCAACUGGUAUAUUCGUUAUUCGAGAUUUGCUCAGCUCGUGCCGUGGUUUUCUCGUCAACGUUUUUAUUUUUUUUUGUGGCAUGCCGAAGCAAGGGUGCGUUUGAGCGCGAGCGGUGACCCGCCCCGCCGGGCGAUACCGGUCAAAUGGCGACGCGCUCCCAGACUUUCAGCCCCGCCCCCCCGCUGCACGUCGAUUGGUCGAAGGCUCAGCGAGGCGCCGUUUGAAUUUGUGGACUUCCGUUUCCUUCUGCUUGGACGAUUCUCAACUCUCAAGUUGCUUUGAGCGACUUGACUCGGAUUUGGGAGCUUUUCCACGUCCUGUGUGUGUUUUGAGUUCCAGAGGCAGGCGCAGCAAUGGAGAAGGCGUGACCGCCACGUGCUUUGUGUGGUCGACGUUUAGGUUUACGCGCGUCCGCGGCCCGCGUCAUGCGCCACGACGACUCUGCCAGCCGGAGGAAGGGCGCCGCCCCGCGCCGCCGCCACCCGCCUCUGCCGCCGACACCCCCCGCGGCAUCCCCCCGCGGGCGCCGUCCGCCGGCGUCCCCCCGGCCGGGCCCGUCUGCGGCCCCGGGGCGCGGGCAGCCGCCUCCGUCGCCCAGGAGGCGAAGGUUCCGCCCGGGGGCCAGGGCCCUGAUGGAGAUCCGCAAGUACCAGAAGAGCACCGAGCUUCUCCUCAGGAAGGCGUCGUUCGCUCGCCUGGUCCGUGAGGUGUGCCAGGCGUCCGGCAGAGGCUCCUACAGGUGGCAGGUCUUCGCUCUGAUGGCGCUUCAGGAGGCGGUCGAGGCCUUCUUGGUAUUGCUGUUCUCUGACGCCAACCUGUGCGCCAUCCAUGCCAAGCGGGUCACCCUGUUCCCCCGCGACCUCCAGCUGGCCCGACGCAUCCGCGGGGGCCAAAACCCCCUCUGAGCAAGAUGGCCACUGCACCGUUGGACACUUAAUUGUUUACAUUUUGUGUUGUUAAUGUUUUGUCAUGUUUAUAUUUUGUAAUAGAGUUAUUGUUCCAACUGGA